CAAAGGCCUUAAAGAUCCAUAUGGGUCAGAGCCAAUCAAAAAUUGACUAACGGCAGAGAGACGUUUAAGAGCGAUGGCUAAGAAGCCAUGGUCGCCAUAAAGCUGUUACCUGUCGAAGCAGUUUUUGCUUUAUCCACUGCUUACUAUCUGCGCGAGUUCUGAUUGGUUGCUGCUUUUCUGCUUCCUGACUUUUUGUCAAGGUGUUUAUCUCCCUUACUUGUCAACUGUAUCAAAAAAAUACAACUGGAUUAAAUGAUGUCACAACAGCCGUUUUCCAAUGCAACUCCAAACCGUUCAAGUUUAUACUCCAAUUCUUGAAAGGCACCAACCAAUCACUUCAAUUCUUCGUAUACAUUUGGAUUUCCCCUAACCUGUUCUUUUAUGUAACCUAUUCGUUGAGUGGUAUUGGGGAUCCUCUUAAUGGAUUCCUGGAACGAAUAUUGAGAGAGAGAGAGAGAAUAAGGAAGAGAAAUUAUUGCAGACACGUGUUAUUUAUGCUACACACGAUUGUUAUUGUUAAUUAGUAAGAACUGCACGUUGCGAGUGAAAAAUGGGUAAAGGACGAAAGAAUAAGCCACAAAAGAAUUUUGCUGAAAAGCGUCGUGAGAAACAAAAGAAAAAAGAUGAAUUAGACAAAGCUCCCCAGAGGAGCUAUCCGGACAUUAUCAGAGAGAAUAAAGACUUUGAGAAUUACUACAAGACUCAAGGAAUAAUUCCAGAAGAUAAAUGGGACGCAUUUAUCGACACAAUGAGGACCAAUCUGCCAGUUGCUUUUAGAAUCACCGGCUCUAAAGUAGAAGCUACGGCUUUAUUGGAAAUAAUCAAAAGUGAUUUUUUUAAGGAAAUUUUGAACGCAAAUCUGGAAAGUGACAAUGAAAAUUCCAGCAGUGAGGUGAAAACUAUACUACAUAGUUUACCAUUUUAUCCGGAAGAACUAGCUUGGCAGUUGCAACUGACGAGAAAAGAUAUCAGACGAUCUGAAGCUUAUUUCAGGCUACAUAAUUUUCUUAUUACCGAAACUAACAGCGGCAACAUCAGCAGACAGGAAGUAGUUAGUAUGGUUCCUCCUCUGGUUCUGGAUGUUAAGCCUUCACACAAGGUCCUUGACAUGUGCGCCGCACCUGGAUCAAAAACAGCUCAGCUUAUAGAGAUGAUACACGCAGACGAGGGAGAUGUUCUCCCAGAGGGUUUUGUGAUAGCCAAUGAUCUUGACAAUAACCGUUGUUAUAAGCUGGUGCAUCAAGCUAAAAGAUUAAACAGCCCGAACAUCCUCAUUACAAAUCAUGAUUCAUCUAUCAUGCCUAAUUUCACGAUUACAAAACCAGAUGGUACAAAAGGUGUAUUAAAGUUUGACAGGAUACUCGCAGAUGUUCCGUGUAGUGGUGAUGGUACGAUGCGAAAGAAUCCGGAUAUAUGGUGCAAAUGGAGUCCCGCUAAUGGAAGUAAUCUUCAUGGAAUUCAAUACAGGAUAGCGAAGCGUGGCUUAGAAAUGCUAACAGUUGGUGGAAGGAUGGUGUAUUCGACUUGUUCGUUAAAUCCCAUUGAAAAUGAAGCGGUGCUUCAUAGGAUCCUUCUUGAAACUGGAGAUUCAGUGCAGUUAGUGGACUGUAGAGAUUUAGUGCCGGGAUUAGUGUGUGACCCUGGUGUCACGCACUGGAAACCAGCGUCUAAAAAUUUGCAAUACUAUAAUGCCUGGGAGGAAGUUCCGGAACAGUGGCAGACGCAAAUACGACCGAAGAUGUUUCCGCCGCCGGCGGACGAGGCCUCCAAGUUUCAUCUUGAACGUUGUAUGAGAAUACUACCACACCAUCAAGAUACCGGAGGCUUCUUUGUGGCCGUACUGGAAAAAGUAAAACCCCUGCCGUGGGAAGGCGAAGCGUGUACAUUAAGUCAGAAUGUACAGAACGUAGCUGGUAGUGAAAAUAAGGAUGAGCUGAGCCUCGAAGAAGAGGCCGUACGAGAUAUGAAACUUCUGGAAAGAGGGAAAAGGCCGUUGGAUGAAGAAAUGAAACUGCAAAGGAAACGAAGGAGGAUUGUCGGUUAUAGGGAAGACCCGUUUGUCUUCUUUAAGGAUGAAUCUGAGGAUGCAUGGAAGUCUAUUAAAGAUUUUUACGGUAUAUCCAAUAACCUGGAUCCGCAACGUCUGCUGGUGAGAAGUCACGAGGGAAAGAAGAAAAAUAUUUAUUUCACGUCGCCGGCGAUCCGCGAUCUGGUGAUAUGUAACGAGAACAAGGUCAAACUGAUCAACACGGGCGUUAAAACGUUCGUGCGAUGCGACAAUAAAAAUAUGAAGUUCCGACUUGCUCAGGAAGGGGUGCAGAGUAUCGCUCAUUACAUAAGUGACGAGAGAAAGCUUCACAUUUCGAAAGGAGAUUUAAUCAUGCUUUUACAAAACAACGAUCCACACGCACCACCUGAAAUUGUAAAAUUGAGUUCAGACACUCAGGAACGUCUCAGAGAUUUCGCGACCGGAAGUUGUAUAUUGUUAUAUAAAGAAGAGAAAACUGACAAUCUGAACCCGCUAGAUCUCAAAAUAGUAGGGUGGAGAGGAACGAUGUCCCUUAAAGCAUACGUGCCUAUGUGUGACGCGGUUCACUAUUUACGACUUUUAGGAGGGGAUUGCUCUAAAUUCGGUACGUCGAACGUAAUAUGGUACAUUGUAUACAUUGCGAUGUGGAAGAAUACGAUUAUUUACGUCUCAAUUCUACAGAGAAAAAUAAAUUCGAAGAAAGUCGCGCGGCCGUGUCGAACGAGGAUGUCAACAACGGUGAGGAUGAAACUGAAGAUGCAAUCGGUGAGAAAGCGGCGAUGGAGAACGGCGAUUGCACGGAGAAGAAGGUCGAUGACGCAGAGACGACGACGAAGGUCGAGACGAGUGAGUGACUCAGUGCGGUGUAAUUAUGAUUUUUAACAUGUCUCCUAAUGUCUCUUCGUUGUGCAGACUCUACAUAUAGUUAAGUGGAAUACUUAAAUUAUAUUUUUUAUCCAAGCGGGAAUGUUUUUUUUCCCUUCGUUUUAAUAAUGACCGAGUGUCAUGAUGAUAUGAUAACUCGCGCUGAGUAUCUUGUUACGAACGAGCUGAAUAAAAAUAAAUGAUUUUAUAGGAUAAAAACAA